AUGGCAGACCCCUCCGAGGCCCCGGUCACGCGGCAGGUCAGCGGUCACGCCGCCCCAGCCCCAGUCCCAAGCGGCCCCGCGAGCUGGCAGCCCCUGGCUGCCGCCGUGGCCGAGCUGCCUGUGCUGGACGCCUCCGGGAGGCCUGUGCCGUUUGGUGAGCUGUUCCAAGAGCGCCGGGCUAUCGUGGUCUUCGUGCGGCAUUUCCUGUGUUACAUCUGCAAGGAAUACGUAGAAGAUCUGGCCAAAAUCCCCAAGAGUUUCUUACAAGAAGCAAAUGUCACUCUCAUAGUGAUUGGACAGUCAUCCUACCAUCAUAUUGAGCCUUUCUGUAAACUAACUGGGUAUUCUCAUGAAAUCUAUGUUGAUCCUGAGAGAGAAAUUUAUAAAAGAUUGGGAAUGAAAAGAGGUGAAGAAAUUGCCUCCUCAGGACAGAGCCCCCAUGUAAAAUCAAAUAUACUCUCAGGAAGCAUUCGGAGCCUGUGGAGAGCAGUAACUGGCCCUCUUUUUGAUUUUCAAGGAGACCCAGCUCAGCAAGGUGGAACACUCAUUUUAGGUCCAGGUAACAACAUCCAUUUUAUACACCAUGAUAGGAAUAGGUUGGAUCAUAAACCCAUCAACUCUGUUUUACAGCUUGUAGGAGUUCAGCAUGUGGACUUUACAAGCAGACCUUCAGUUAUCCAUGUGUGACGUUACAGAUUCUCUCAAUUUCAAAUGGACCUUGAGACAUGACCUGAAACAUGGGGAUGUCAUUUCCUCAUGCAAUGCCUAUGUUGUUGACCCUCCCCAACUUUUGAGGAGUUAUAGAACCAUAAAGAGGCUUUGUACCACUGUUUGAACAUCAUGCUGAGAGACAUCAGUUGUCCAAAAUGUGAUAUCUGUAAUUUUAUAGGUUUUAAGGUUUUAUUUUAUAUAGCAAUUUUUGUAAAAAAAAAACAAACAAACAAACAAACCUAAAUUUUACUUACACAAAGUAAAA